GUGAAUGAGGAGGGAUCCCUGCGCCCGUGACAGCCGCCUCAGCGCCGCGGGGCCGUGAUGCCCGGGCUGUAGCCGCCGCCCCGCCCGCCCGCCCGCCCGCCCGGCGCAGCCGCCGCCCGGAGCACGGAGCAUGCCUCGGAGCCCGGCAGCCGGCAAACAUGAGUCUUCGCCGCCGCCGGAGCCGGAGCAGCAGCCACCGCCGGAGCCGCCCCAGCUGCAGCCGCAGCCCCAGCCGCAGCCCCAGCCCGGCGCGGCCGCGGGGCAGGGUGCGGGCAGCCCCCGCGACGAGGCGCUGUAUGCCAGCAUCCCGCCCGGCCCCGGCCCCGGCCCCGGCCCUGGCCCCGACCCGCCGCCGCCCGGGCGGAUGGAGGAGCCCGCGGCCAACGCCAUCGUGGUGCGCAUCGGCAUCCCGGACCUGCAGCAGACGAAAUGUCUACGGCUAAAUCCUGAUGUUCCCAUAUGGGUCUCCAAACAGCGCAUUCUCUGCACCCUGAACCACAGCCUCAAGGAUGUUUUGAACUACGGGCUUUUCCAGCCAGCCUUCAAUGGCCGGGCUGGAAAAUUCCUGGAUGAGGAGCGGCUGCUGAGGGAAUACCCGCUGAAUCCUGACACUCCUGUCCCCUACCUGGAGUUCCGGUAUAAGAGGCGUGUGUACACCCAGAGCCUGCUGGACGACAAGCAGUUCGCCAAGCUCCACACCAAGGCAAACCUGAAGAAGUUCAUGGAGUACGUGCAAAUGCUAAAUGUGGAGAAGGUCUGCAGACUGCUGGAGAAGGGACUGGACCCCAACUUCCAUGAUCCGGACACUGGAGAAUGCCCUCUGACCAUGGCGGCCCAGCUGGAGUACAGUGCGGACACCGUCAAGGCCCUGAGGAACGGAGGAGCUCACCUGGACUUCAGGACUCGGGAGGGCAUGACAGCUCUCCACAAGGCCGUCCGGUGCCGGAACCACGCCGCCCUGAUGACGCUCUUGGAUCUGGGCGCCUCCCCGGAUUACAAGGACAGCAGAGGAUUGACUCCUUUGUACCACAGCGCCAUGGUGGGAGGGGACCCGUACUGCUGCGAGCUUCUGCUGCACGACUACGCCAAGGUCGGCUGCAUAGAUGAGAACGGCUGGCAGGAGAUUCACCAGGCAUGUCGCUACGGCCACGUGCAGCACCUGGAGCAUCUUCUCUUCUACGGAGCCGAUAUGACGGCGCAGAACGCCUCAGGAAACACUGCGCUCCACAUCUGUGCUCUCUACAACCAGGAGAGUUGUGCCCGGGUUCUCCUGUUCCGCGGGGCGAGCAAAGAGAUUCGCAACUACAACAGCCAGACCGCGUUCCAGGUGGCUAUCAUUGCAGGAAAUUUUGAACUGGCUGAAAUCAUCAAAACCCACAAAGAGUCCGAUGUUGUGCCUUUUAGAGAAACCCCCAGCUACACGAAGAGGAGACGGAUCACGGGUGCCGGCGGCCUCUCCUCCCCGCGCCUGCUGCAGCGCUCCGCCAGCGACAACAACUUGAAAGCCGAGAGCCGCCCGUCGUACUCGCCAGUGCCCUCGCUCCGCAGCCUGCCCCCACAGCUGCUGGCGCAGAUGCAGGAAGCGGCUGUCGGGGUGGGAGUGGGGGACAGUAGCCUGGCGAGCACGGGCAGCUCCCGGAGCGCGCACAGCCGCUCCCCGUCUCUGCAGCGCGUGCAGGAAGAGAGGGAGGUCGACAUUCACACUCUCAGGAGAAGCAGCCGCGCAAGGGCCAGCCCCGGCGCCGCGCCCCCGGGCCCGGGCCCCGCGCCCGCCCCGCACGCCCCGCACGCGCCGCUGCCCGGGCCCAAGCGCAAGCUGUACAGCGCCGUGCCCGGCCGCCGCUUCAUCGUGGUGCAGAGCUACGCGCCGCAGGGCGACGGCGAGAUCCAGCUCAACCGGGGCGAAGCCGUCAAGGUGCUGAGCAUCGGCGAAGGUGGUUUCUGGGAAGGAACGGUGAAAGGACGCACUGGCUGGUUCCCGGCAGAAUGUGUUGAAGAGGUGCAGAUGCGACAUGAUGCACGGCAAGAAACAAGAGAAGACAGGACAAAGCGUCUCUUCCGACAUUAUACUGUGGGUUCUUAUGACAACUUCACCUCUCACAGUGACUACAUCAUUGAGGAGAAGACGGCCGUGCUGCAGAAGAGGGAGCAUGAGGGAUUCGGGUUUGUGUUGCGAGGGGCCAAAGCGGAGACUCCGAUUGAGGAGUUCACCCCAACCCCCGCUUUCCCAGCUCUCCAGUACCUGGAAUCCGUGGACGUGGAAGGUGUGGCCUGGAGAGCAGGACUCCGCACUGGGGACUUUCUGAUAGAGGUGAAUGGUGUGAACGUGGUGAAGGUGGGGCACAAGCAGGUGGUGUCCCUGAUCCGUCAAGGGGGAAACCACCUGGUGAUGAAAGUCGUCUCUGUCAGCCGCAAGCCAGAAUCGGAAGAAGUCGUUCGGAAAAAGGCCCCACCGCCGCCCAAGAGAGCCCCCAGCACCACGCUGACGCUGCGCUCCAAGUCCAUGACGGCAGAGCUGGAGGAGCUAGCCUCGAUGCGGAGGAGAAAAGGGGAGAAACUGGAUGAAAUCUUGGCAGCAGCUGAGCCCUCUCUGAGAGCCGACAUUGUGGAAGCGGAUUCCAGGGCGGCCACUGUGAAGCAACGACCGACAAGCCGGCGCAUCACGCCAGCAGAGAUCAGUUCACUAUUCGAGCGCCAGGGGAUGGCAGCGCAUUCGGGGGUCCACACUGGGGCGGAGAAACCCCACGUCUCGCUACGCAAAGGAAUUCCACGGACCAAGUCCGUAGGUGAAGAUGAGAAACUCACCGCUUCUUUAAUGGAUGGGAAGUUUCCGCGGAGCACUUCGAUGCAAGACACAGUUAGGGAAGGGCAUGGCAUCCCACCCCCGCCUCAGACAGCUCCUCCCCCGCCUCCGUCUCCAUAUUACUUUGACACGGGCCCUCCCCCAUCCUUCUCCCCACCGCCGCCCCCCGGAAGAGCUUAUGACACCAUCAGAUCGAGCUUUAAGCCAAGCCUGGAGGCCAAGCUCCAUGGGCUCCCACAGGUGAUCAGUGCAGCUGAAAUGUACGACCAGGCAAGGACGUCUGUGCCCUACCCUGAGCGGCAAAAGAGAGCCCGAUCCAUGAUAAUCCUACAAGACUCCUCUCAUCUUCCUGUUGAACCGACGGAAAUCCCCCGGCCUGGCCCCUCCGCCACCCCCCCAGAGAAGCUGAAAAGGAAAGGGAGAGUGAUCGACAACCCUUACGCCAACAUGGGCCAGUUCAAUGUCAGCCUGUUUGCUCCCACCAAGCCCCAGAGGAAGAAAAGUCCACUGGUCAAGCAGCUCCAAGUAGAGGAUGCGCAGGAGAGAGCAGCUUUGUCCAUUGUGGGAGGCUUCACGAGGGAGCCCUCUCCCACGCGCAGGAGCCAUCGCCUGAGUGGCAUUGAAUAUCAGCACCACCCUGGCAUCGCUCAGGUCGAGCCCACAAGCAUCCCCUUCGCCACUGCCAUUGCCGGAGUCAUGAAGGACAGAGACCGUCGUCUGGAUGAGAAGCGGAAAUCCACUGUCUUCCUCUCGGUUGGGGCCAUUGAGGGAAGCCCCCCCAGCAUCGACAUGCCAUCCCUGCAGCAGUCCAGGUCUAUUGAUGAGCGGCUGUUAGGAAGCCGAGAUGUGCUACUGCCUUCACCUGUCUCAGCUUUAAAGCCAUUAAUUAGCAGCUCAUCCUCAACAUUCAUCCAUCCCCUGACAGGAAAGCCCCUGGAUCCAAACUCACCACUGGCACUUGCGCUGGCCGCAAGGGAGCGGGCCCUGUCCACUCAAGUCCCAUCCAGAUCGCCCACCCCAAUCCACAGCCCAGAUUCAGAAAGAGCAGCACCCCUGUUUGUGGACAUCCAAACCAAAGAACCAGAAAGGGGGGAGUUAGAGGGCUUAGUGUCUCCUGCUUUCUCACCUGGAGGCAAAGGGGCAGUUGGAGCAGAUUCUGGAGCUUUGGCCCCUGCAAAGAGCCAGUGGGGGACCCCGACGACAGUGAGGAAGGAGAUGGAGAUAAGAGCAGAAACACCUGGGAAAGAGGAAAAAAAACCAGAAGACAAGAAGUCCAUGAUCAUUAGCAUAGUGGACACAUCACAGCAAAAGACAGCAGGCCUCAUCAUGGUCCAUGCAACAAGUAAUGGCCAAGACGAGAUAGGACUUGAGGUGAAAGAGGAGAAGCCAGCUGUUCCUGAAGAAUGCACGGAGCCAGCAGAGCUGCCCAAGGCGGAGACCCAGCCCAGCCCUGUGGGAAAGCCUCCGGUAAGUCCAGUCUCUGACAAAACAUUGGGACAAGGGAGUUCAGAGGAGGAAGUGGAGCCCUACACAGUUACCCUCCCGCCAGCCCAGCUGUCCUCAAGCGAUGAAGAGACCAGGGAGGAGCUGGCCAAGAUUGGGCUGGUGCCUCCACCAGAUGAGUUUGCGAACGGGGUACUCGUCACCACACCUGGCACACCAAUCAGCCAACUGGCAAAGCCUAGCACGCCAUCCAUACCAGCGGCAGCAGUAGCACCUUCUACCACUGGUGGAACACCCUCAGGGAAGCCCUCUGAUGCCCCCGGAGCCCCAGAGUCUGCUGCAGACUCAGGAGUGGAAGAGGUGGACACCAGAAGUUCAAGUGACCAUCACCUGGAGACGACAAGCACCAUCUCUACCGUCUCCAGCAUGUCUACGUUGUCCUCAGAGAGUGGGGAGCCUACAGAUACAUACACUUCCUUUGCGGAUGGACAAACUUUUAUACUCGAGAAGCCACCAGUGCCUCCAAAGCCAAAACUCAAGUCCCAGCUCAGCAAGGGGCCAGUUACUUUCAGGGACCCACUUUUGAAGCAGUCUUCGGACAGCGAGCUCAUCUCCCAGCAACAUGCGGCCACGCUGGCUUCAGCCAGUGUUGGUCGGCCACGCUACCUCUUUCAGAGAAGGUCCAAGCUAUGGGGGGACCCCAUGGAGAGCAGGCCAGUCCACGGGGCUGAUGAUGACAAGCCAACUGUGAUCAGUGAGCUAAGUUCCCGGCUACAACAGCUGAAUAAGGAUACGCGAUCACUGGGGGAGGAACCUACCGGGUCCACUUUAGAUCCCGGGAAGAAGUCACCUGUGGUCGCAGCACGACUUUUCAGUAGUUUAGGAGAACUCAGCACCAUUUCCCAGCGGAGCUCCGGAACCACCUACACGGUUCGACCCGGCAGCCGCUACCCCGUCACCCGACGUACUCCCAGCCCAGUGAAGCCCGCCCUGGAUCGGACAGAGCCUCUCAGCACCGUGCGGCCCUACGGCCUGACCCCCCCCACCAUUCUCAAAUCUUCCAGCCUCUCCAUCCCACAUGAGCCCAAGGAGGUGCGCUUCGUAGUGCGCAGCGUGAGUGCCCGGAGCCGGUCCCCGUCCCCCUCACCCUCUCCUGGGCCACCCCUGCACACGCUCCACCCACCACGGCCCUUCAUGCAGAAACCCCUGCACCUGUGGAACAAGUAUGAUGUAGGGGACUGGCUGGAAAGCAUCAACCUGGUGGAGCACCGAGACAAGUUUGAGGACAAUGAGAUCGAGGGCACACACCUGCCUGCCCUCACCAAGGAGGACUUCGUGGAGUUAGGGGUCACACGGGUGGGGCACCGCAUGAACAUUGAGCGGGCACUCAAGCAGCUGGUCGACAGCUGACCAUCCUAGGCAGUGCUGGCCUCUUCCAGAGCCACUGGACGGGGAGGGGGCAUUUCUACCAGGCUAAUAAACAAAACCCAAUUGGAUUCUUUCUAUUCUGACCACUGCACUGAAGGGCGAGGAGCCGCGGAGCCCCUGCUCCUGCUUGCACUCGCGCGCAGAGCCCGACCCACGCGCCCUGCACCAGAGCGCCGCCGCCUCCGGGAACAGGAAUGUUGCAUGACGCGCUCGUCUCCGUUCCUCAGAGUCCGCCCUGUACAUCGCUCGGCGCCGUUCCCAAGGCACGUCGCUGCUGGCUGGCCGGCGGGGUCGAGGCACCGUGCCUGGUCAGGCCCAAGCCCCUGUCUUGGGGUCUGGGCCACGCAGUGGAGCCUGGUUUGCCUGUGUGGAGCAGGGACAGGAGGGCCAGCAUCGCUGGUGCAGAUCAGGAGACAGCCCAGCCCAGGUCCUGGGGCGCACCAUGGAGGGGGCUUCACCACACAGUGCUGGUCACUUCAAGCCAUGGUCUGAGCUGAUGGGCAUCAAUCAAGGUCCUGGGCUCUGGGCCAGGCACCGUGUGCACUGCCAGGUCAGCCCUCCCUGGUGUGGCUGGCGCACGGCUUGCUGGGUCAGAGGUGCGCGGAGGCUGAGUGCAGGCUGCUCCCAGGGGCAGGAGGGCAGGCUGGAAAGCGCAGCUGUGGAAAGAGGAAUGCACAGUGCUGGCACUGGUAAGACUGGGAAGGCGGCAGCAGGGCAGGCCCUGACCACCUGGAGCAUAGCAGGAGCCGAAGAGUGGUGCGAGGCAGGCAGCAUGUGGCCCAGAGGCCACCUGCCAGGACAGGCAGGGUUCGGGGCACCUGGCAGGCCUGGGAAGCACAGCAGCAAGCACACAACAGGAGGAAGGGCUCCAGCUCAAAGGCCCAGUGGAAUUGGCAGCAAAAGGGCCAUUCUGGGUGAAUGCCUAAGCUACUGGUUGAGGAUGAGCCAUGCAGCAGAGAGACAUCUAGCCUGCUCCCUCCCUGCCCAUAGCUGCGCCUCCCUGGAGUGACCACCCGCGCCCAUCCAGCCCCAGAGAGGAGGAAACCUAUUGCCAUGACAGCAAGAAGACUGUGAUGACCCUGGUGCGAGAGACCAGCCUUUGGACUCUGUGUUCCUUUGCCCUAUUGCCCUGGUGAGAGGGACUGAAACCGCAUGGAUAGAAGCAUGUUUGGGGGAUGUCGGAGGGAGCCUGGCGGGGAAUCCAGCAGAAAUGCUUUGCCAACGUUUGGGGGGUGGGGGAACGGGGUGUUAUUUCCUCUUGGUUCGGGGUCGUUUCUAAGGGGGACACAUUGAUGGGUAAUAUAUAAUCUCCGUGCAUUUAUGUAGAGCAGCUGAUGAUCAACAAGAGAUGAUGCUAACUACAGGAUUCCCACUCCGUCCUAGUCAUCCUUAUUUUGCAUCUUUUUAAUCAGCUAUAUAUUUGAAAAGAGAAGAGAACAAAUAUCUAUAUAUCUAUAUCUAUAGCUAUAGCCACCUGAUUUUGUUAUAAUUUUACUAAACCUAUGUAACUCUAGACUCCUUGCGAUGCGGCUGGGUGGGGGUCUCCAUGCCCCCGCUCCCGGGAUGCUCACGACUCCCGGGCCUUUUUAAGUGACUGACUGAAUGAAUGUUAAAGUCUUUUUUACAAAAAAACCCGACAGCUCCUUCCAGACACUCUGGAUUUUAAAGAUUUAGAAACACAGAAUCAAGCUUGGUUUUUGGGACACACCAAGUCUUCCACCCCCAGGCAGAGGUGCGGAGCUGGCACGCUUCCACGGCACCACAGGCCCCACGCCUCUGGCAGGCACGGGGCUCCCACCGCUUCAGGUCUUCUGCCUGCAGUCCUGGGAGUAAGAGCCAUCAUUGUGACACCGAGCACUUAAACUGCGCUGUAGACGUCUAAGUGCUGGGGAGACCUUGCUAGAAGAGUGGGACCAGGCCACGGCGCAGCCUGGGCUGCUCCCGUGAGCGCCUGUGUGUCAGGGCAAGGCAAGGAGGGGGCUGAGCAGGGCUUUCCAGGGCAGAGGCAGUCAUGGGGCAGGAAAGGAGCCUGGCUCCAGAUUCUGCCCCUGAGCUGGAGUUUUGCUCUGAGACCCCAGCCCUGGGAUAGGCAGAGGCCCUGCAGGGGAGGAGGAGCAGUGGGGAGGAACAGCUUUGGUGAGGGGCCUAGCCAAGUGUGGCUUGGGGGCUGUGCCACCAGGAGCAGCUUGGCAUGGCCCUGGCACCAGUGAAGCUGUUUUCCUGCCCUCAGAGCCCUCGGGGCAGGCAUCACAGGGGCAGAUGCUGCAAGAAGAAACGUCCCUUGCUCUGUGGUGCUGAGCAGGGCCUGGAGGGUCUGGGCAGAGCUGGGGAGACCCAUGGCUGGAGCUUAGGCUCAUGCUUCUCCCUUCCAGACGUGAUGACCUAAGUUGUGUCAGGCCUCAGGUCUGCCCCAUGCCCUUCCUCCAUCACUCAGAAGAGCUUUCUCCCAGGGGUAGUUGCAGAGGAAGGAUGUGAGCAGGGCUGCGGUGUCCUGCAGGGCCUCGUGCCAAAGGCACCCAGUCUUGCCUGGGAGCGCCAUGAUCCAGGGACCUUGCCUUGGUCUGGCACUCCCCGGCCCAUCACCAUCCUAGCUAGGUGCCUCGGCUCUGGGUGCAGCAGGGCUCAGCCCUGCCCGCUCCGAGGGGAGCAGCUUGGUGACCAGGGGUCCCAGACAGCUGAGGCCCCCGGUGAAGGCAUUAACUCUUGUGGUGCUAGAGGGAAGGACAGGGAAGCUCCACUCCGAUCCUCACUCAUCUCUGACCUUGACACGUCAGCUGGUGAAAAGUCCCAGGCCACGUGCUGGGCUCUGCAGCCUCCCCGACCCCCAGGCAGGCCUGGGCCACGCUCUGCAGUGCUGUCUCGUGUCCCGAGCUGACUCCUGGCACAAGGUGGGGAAGACUUGGCCUGGGCAGCCCUGCCCAGAGUGCCCUAGACUCUGCCUCCCAGUGUGGUCCUGCCCCUUUCCUCUCCUCAGCAGCAACCCAGAGCUCACGGCUUGCGGCAGGGCUAUGAGGAAGGGGAGAGGCUGGUGCCUCAGUGCCCCCUUGGCCUGAGAACAAGACACCCGCUCUCGCCACGAGGCAGCCUGAAGUCUCGCCUGAAACCCUCCCACACGCAGCCACAGCCUCAACAGCAGCCAUUGCUUUCAUAUCACCCCAUGCUGCCAGACCCACAUCACGGCCUGUGCCCCAGCCCAGCACCCAGCAGCCCAUCCCAUGCCCAACAUCCAGCCUCUGAACCAGGGGCCCAGAUAACCGCGAUGCCAUGAGCCCAGCUCACCUUCCUUCUCCCACAUCCCUGUCCUCAACCCAAUGGUUAAGCCCUCCCCUGCACACCAUCCCUCCGUACCCAACCUGCCUUCCCACACAUGCCCCCUCUCCCACCCCCCACAUCUAUUAUGCCACAUCCAACCCCAACACCAGCUCACGCACCAUACCACACUCACAUCACUCUGCAUGUACUCAUCAUGCACCCUGCACAUGGCAGCCCUGAACACAGCCUGGCCGUGCGUACCCAACAUACACACCCCACCUUCCCAUUGCCUAGUGAUGCCUUGGCCAGCAUCUAGCACGCUUGGUCCUAGCACAGCACUGACACCCUGCAGCGCUGACCCACUGCAAGCCUGGAACUAAUCAUUCCACACUGCAGCCCAUGCCAGCAAUGCUGCCUCAUGCCCUGUGAUCAUGCCUGCACCCAUUGGCACAUUCAGAUCCCCUAUAGCCAAAGCCCUGCAACAGAGGCAAGGCCUCGUGCAUCACCAAGUCCCAUCCCUGCCCAUGCUCGUGGCUGUGGCAGACAGUCCCUUUCCAGACAGCGUGAUCCCACCAUGCACUGGGCUAAGCGUUCUGCCGCACCUGGGCGCAUGCUCUUGGGUAGCAGGUAGCAGAGGACACACAGCUCCCUGCCACCACCUCCUGCCCUUGUCCAUUGCCCUGCACCAUGUUCCCUGUGCCUGGCCAGCAGCACAUGCACGUUGCCCUCUGCUCAGCACAUGCCAGCCCCUGCACACCUUCCUGGCCCUACCCACAGCAGCACAGCCCUGCAAACACCUCCUGCCCCUGCCACAGCCGCCUCACCAUGACUGGUUCUGGCUUUCCUUACCACCCCAUCACUGGCAGGCCCCUGCUUCUCUAUGCCCCAUGUUUCAUGCCACACCUCGCUGUGCCAUGGGUGAGCGCCUGCCACCCAUCGAGUCCACCCCUGUGGCCCAGUACAUGCCAUGCAGCAGCCUCUCAUCCUUCAGCCCUGCCCACCACCAGCCCCACCACACCCCCAACAUCCGUCUCCAUUGCCCCGCAAAUCUCCAUCCCGUCCAUAACUCGGAGGGGGUGCCCAAGCCCCACAGUGCCGCCAGCUCUGCUGGACACUGCUCCUAGCAAGCCACUGUUAACACCCAACCAGCCCAGCCCCCUCACAAGUCCUGUUGGGGCCCCUGAGGGGAGCCCAUGGGCCCGGCUCAGCCUGGGGGAGGCUGUCCCAGGGUGGAAGCGCACCUGGUGUUAUCCUGAGUGCAGGUUGGUUCCCAGCUCAUGCUCGGUGAACCCUUGGUCUCUGUCCCUUCUGCAGCUGUUUUGGGGCAAUCUGAUGAGACCCACCUGCACCUGCCUCCGGCUCAAGGAGGCUCGAAGACUGCAGACCUCACCGUGUCUGCAGGAAGUUCGGUCUGGGACCGGGGAUGCUGGACGCCCUCUUCCCAUUUCUGAAGAGCCCCACCUGCUCCCCCAUGGAGCUGCACCUCCUUAAGAGGGCUAGAAAUGGUGUGUGCUGCUGAUUGCAGAGAAGGGCCGUCCCGGGCACCCGCAGGGUGCACCGCAGCUUCCACCCGGCCAAGCAGCUGCAGCCGUACCUGUGUUGAAAACACUGAGUGGCCCUUGGUGUGAGACUGAGGCCUCUGGCGCCAUCAGUCCCAGGGCCACCACGGCUCAUCCCAGUCAGGUAUAACCCAAAAAAAGGUGCCUUCCAACCGUGGUCUCUCCCUCUGGCUCUAGUCCCCAGGUGGCUCCCUGGCCCCUGGUCUUCUCUCUGCCCAGUCACAACACACAGCAUGGCCCAUCAGCACGGCUUCUCCAUGUCACCCCUCCCAGGACAGCUUGCAUCUGUGCUGUGGCUCCUUCCCGCUCCCCAUCCCACAACACAGGGCAGGAGUCAGCGUGAAGACAGGAGACGGCACUGCAGGCACGGCUGGUCUGAGCUGAGCUGAGCGGAUGCCCGGCUGGUGUGGCAUGGGCUGGCGCGGCGUAGCUGUGCCAGCAUGGUGCUCCCCAGCCACCCCGCCCUGCCAAGAGGCAGAGGCACCGGGUGGGCCGAGCCCCACACUAGUGUGGCUGACACAGCUCCCAGGCCCUGUACCGCCUGGCACCAUGUCAGCAGGCCCUGGGGGGAAUGGCCUUGCCCCACAGAGCUCUGGGGAUGCCACGUCCCCACAGCUGGGCAUUGACAUGGCGGGGUGGCCGCAGCCCCAGCACAAAGAUGGGGGCUUGCCAGCUCCCAGCUCCUGCAUGUCUCUGGAGAUUGCUCUGCUGUCCAAAGGAAGCUGCAGAAGUGCCGGGCUGAGGCCAGUCCAGCAGCUCUGCUUGUUGCUUCCUGUCUCCAGAUGACAGAAUCCCAUUCUGUAUCCAUUGAGACACCCCGGGUUCCAGCCAGUUCUGGGGAGAGCCGGGCUGUGGGGACCUCUGCCCCCACCUGGCCUGUCCAGCAACAGGCGGGUGCGCUCCCAGUUCAGUAUAGAAGACUUGCUGCUUCACGGACUCAUUGACUUCCGGGGGAGUCGCAUACCAUGCUCCGCAACAUGCCUAGGGCUUAGGUCCCGAGAUCCCCGUGUGUGUGUGACUGGCGGUGGAGAACUUCUCUUGCACUGUUCACACCCAUCCGCGUCCACUCCAGGACCUUUCCGGGAGCAGGCUGCACACAGCCCUGCUGGCCCCGCAGUCUGGUCCCAGGAUCAUUCCUAGUCUCACUGAGACGGAAAUGUCACGUUCCCGUUACUGUAGCUGCUGCUACUUUUCGUUUUUCAGCUAAAGCAGAGGGUUUUUUCUUUUCCCCAUGUGUAGAUAGCUCUUUUCUGACUCCGUAUCUAUUCUCCUUGCAUUGGCAUCUCCGUUCCAAACAUCUCCAGACAAAUGGAACAUUUCAUUCUGAAAAGCCAUUUAGGAGAAGGCAGAGUAAUGCAGGAAAGGAACCCAAAACAACACCUUAGCGCAAGGUCCAUUCAGAGAACAGCCACACCCCACCCGCCAGGAACCCCUGCUCCCGUUGGGACCUGCCGCGUGCUGAGGUUACUGUGAUUUCUCAACGACGCUGGUUUUCUUCUGUAAAAAUGGGUACAGACUUUUUUUGUUUUGAAUUUUUUUUUUAAGUUGUUGAUAAUUUUUUUGUCCAGCCUAAGUUCGUACAUCCUUUGUUCUUCAAAGAAUUUCUAGAUGUUAAAAACAAGAACAGAACAAAACUCGCAACACUUUGCUCCUGAUUGUGAAAGGCUUUUCCAGCUACAGCCGUUUGGAAACAGAAGCAAAGCGUGUUUUAAUUUUUCAGUCAUGAACAUACACACACUUACAUAUGCACACACACACACGCGCGCACACACACACACACACACAACUCUCUCUCUCUCUCUCUCUCUCUCUCUCACACACACACACACACAUACACACACACACAUGCACGCACGUCUCGCACUCAUGUCCCUGUUGCUCACGUAGAUUAACUCACCUGUGGGUUUUUGGUUCGGUUCUUUUUUUGUUUUUUUUUUUGUUUUUGUUUUUUAAAUGUUACAGGGUCCGUUUGACGUCACACCUGAUUUUGUACGGAUUUUCUGAGGAGAUUCCUCCUUCUCCAGAGUCAUGGAGGUGUGGCCCACGGCUCUCCCUCCCUGUGACGUUGUGAUACACACACCCCACAGAGAUCUAUGUUUCUUAUAGUAUAUUAUUAUGAUUAUUAUUAUGUAAUAAAUUUAUAAGAAACCUU